CAUAGCGGACGGAGAACUUGCUCUAUCAUUCAGUAGCAUUAGUUGUGUCCGCUCGUUCAGUAUCUUCCACAAAAAGCAGAAAUGGCUAUCGUGCUAAUAUCUUUGAUUUUGAUAACAUUGGUGGUUCUCUAUUUUUACUUGACAAAGAACUAUAACUAUUGGCAAAAGCACAAAAUACCUUGCGCAGAUGGCAUUUUACCUGGAGUCGGCCACUUCUGGGACCUCAUCACCAUGAAACUCUCUUUCUCCGAGUGUUGUCGCAAGAUCUACAAAGAUAAUCGAAAUCAUAGUAUGGUAGGAAUCUACAACUUCAGAUCACCAGCGUUGAUGGUCCUCGAACCGGAGCUAGUAAAGACGGUGAUGCAAACAAGUUUUUCGAACUUCCACGAAAACGGCCUUAAGGUUGAUCCUGAAUUGGAUCCUCUUGUAUCAAACAAUCCAUUCUUUAGUAGCGGCGAGAAAUGGGCAACUGGCAGGAAGCGUUUGACUUACGCAUUUUCCAGCAUGCGACUAAAAAUUCUGCUCGAGAGCGUUAAGCAAGUAUGCCAGCAGUUCGAAGAUUACUUGAAUAGAAAAUUAAGCAAUGUCGGAAAGAUCGAAUUGGAACUGAAGGAUAUGUUCGCCAGAUUCACCGCACAAGUUGUGACUGGCGCUGGUUUUGGCAUAGACGGAUUGAGCUUUAACAAGGAGAAAGAGAAAGAAUCUUUUUAUACAAUGGGCAAGUCUUUUCUCCAACCGACUGGUAUGAACAAUAUUAUCGUUACGCUUGUUUUUUUCUUGCCGUCGUUGGGUAAAAUUUUUAGGCUGUCUUUAUUACCAAAGAAAGUUGAUCGUUUCUUUAGAACGAUAAUCGCAGAUGUUAUGGAACAAAGAAGAACAGAGAAUAUACCUAGAAACGACUUUCUUCAGUUGAUGGCUGAACUGGAACGGGUGGAGGGUACUAAGAUUGAUUUAGAAAUUCUUACAUCUCAUGCAGUUUCGUUUUUUCUUGACGGUUAUGAAACCUCUAGUAUAACUUUGAGCUUUGUUGGUUUUCAAUUAGCUAGUCAUCCAGAUGUGCAGGAAAAAUUACGCAAUGAAGUAAUAUCUGUGCUUGACAAGUAUGAUGGCGUGAUUACUUAUGAAGCUUUAAAAGAGAUGACGUACAUGGAUCAAGUCAUGAGCGAAUCACAGAGAUGCGUCCCUGCAGUGGGAUUUCUGACCAAGAUUUGUACAGAAGCAACUGAACUCAGAGGAUCUGAUGGACUCACCUGUCACGUUGAACGUGGAAUGCAAAUUCUGAUACCCGUUCACGGCCUCCACGAAGAUCCUCGGUAUUGGGAGCGUCCCGAAGUAUUUGAUCCCGAAAGAUUUGGCCCAGACAGGAAACACAGCAUCGAAAGAUUCGCUUUUCUUCCCUUCGGCGAAGGUCCGCGAAUCUGCGUAGGGAUGAGAAUGGCUCAGUUACAAAUGAAAGCGUGUUUGGCUACAUUCCUAAGGAAAUAUAGUCUUGAACUUUCUCCGAAAACUCGUACACCCUUGAAGAUGGAUGCUUCUUAUUUUUUGUCUGCCCCAGAAGGUGGUUUUUGGGUUUACAUUCGGCCGGACAAAAAUUAAUAAUUUCAACUGAGCAAAGUUUAUAACGCAAGAUGCAGAACACAUUUCAACAUGUAUAUAUCUUCAACAACAAUUAUGGAGGUGAGAAAUGCGUGAUGAGGAUUUAAAUAGAUUUGGAAUUUCACAGAACAAAUUAUCUACAUGAGUCAAAAGGUAAAACAAUUUUUAAUUAAGAUUUGUAAAUUAUUUUAUAUAAGGAAAAGUGA